AUGUCUUCAAUGCAUUUUGUCGUUCAUCCAUUACCUGGAACAGAGGAUCAAUUGAUAGAUAGGCUUAAAGAAGUUGCUGAACGUUGGAAUAGAUAUGGAACAGGAGCUGGAUCUUCAGCACUCGGCCAACUCAGGGGAGUAAGAGCCGUCGCCGCCGGCCCGGCUCACAUUGCUUGCCUGCUUGAGGAUGGCACCAUCUGCCGUGCUGCUUUCUCAAUCAUACCCGACCGACUGGAUCUAAGCAAAGCUGACGCUACUAAGAACGGGGGAAAUGGAGGCGGGGGUAGUGGUGGGGGUGGCACCGGAGGAGGCAAGCAAGGCGGUGGUGGUGGCGGCUGUGGAUCACGUCAGCAACCACGAACUAGAGCUCGUAUUAUGAGGAAUUCGAUUCGCGCUGCUCCUAGUUCACAAGGAUCUACCAGCAGAGCGACAGGUGUUAUAAUCGGAGCAUCAGGUUCAGGGAGGGUGGUGUCUGUUCCUGCUCCAUUUGUACCAGAAGACCUGGUGACACAAGCACAAGUCGUGCUUCAAGGCAAAAGUCGAAGUCUUAUAAUCAGGGAAUUACAGCGUACGAAUUUGGACGUAAAUUUGGCGGUGAACAAUUUGCUGUCGCGCGAUGACGAAGAAGGGGAGGAGCCGGAGGGCGGCGAGGGUGGUGACGGCUACGUGCCCGAGGACCUGAUCUCGUUGCUGGACGGCGGCUUCCACGCCGCGCAGCAGGACCACUCUGUCAUCAUUGAUGCCGACGCCAUGUUCUCCGAGGACAUCUUCGGGUACGCGGCUAUCAGAAGCCGCAGUGGCGGCGGCGGCGGUAGUAGCACCGGCCGCGGGGGCGCGAGUCGAGAAAGCAGCAGCUCCACUCAAGAGCGACCCUCUGAGUUCAGUAGAUGGCGUGAGCGUCAAUACUUUGGCCCGCGCAGAUGGCUUGAGUCUGCCCUCCGCGACACUUCUUGGGACAAAGAUGGAGCUGAGAGUAAAAAGAAGGAUUCUGCAAUGGCGGCAUCCCCUCUCUGGGUUUCUGAUGAGUUGGAGUAUUGGGACAGCAAUAUUCGCUUCACUCACAUUGCGGCUACAUACUCUGAACUGGUGGCCGUGUCCACGCAGGGUCAGUUGCACCAGUGGCGUUGGGCAGACGCUCACGCUUACCAGCGUACUGACACGACUGGUACAAACCACCUGUACCAUCCGCGCGCCAAUUGGCUGGGACUGGCGCUCGGCGAGCGUAUUGUGAACAUCAGCGCUGCCGGCAUCCGCGUCUCCGUGCUCACUGACGCGGGACGCGUAGCCACCUAUCUCGACGAGUCUAUUGCACACGCCCCUGGCGCGCCUCGUUUGGAGCACCCGCUGCAGACAUUCUCCGAGUUUGGAUCUGACAAGCCCUUAUCAUUGCACGUAUGCUCUCUCUACACAGUUGCAAGACUAGAAUCCGGCGCAUUGUACUGGUGGGGCGUACUACCCUUGGGGCAACGCGCCCGCCUAUGGGAGAAGCACCGCGCGCGCUCACGCAAACAACAGCGCGGCCACUCGUCGGCCACGCCGCAAGACCUGCAGGCUGGCCAGAGCGUCACCAUGAAGAACGCGCCCAUGUACCAACCGGGCGCCGUUGGUUUCAACAUGUCGACCGGAGUACCGAAAGUGGGCAUCUUACAGAACGCGGCGUGGAACUUGUCCGACAUGUGCCGCUUCAAACUGUUGCCGCCUCCGCAGCCCGAUCGCUCUGUCUCCGACAAGGACAAGAGAGAUUUACAGAACCAGUCUCCUCUGACGGUAUCUUCGGUCAAGGCUUCCUCGUCGAGCGGUGGUAGUAAAGAUGCCAACAAGGACAGCAAUAAGGACAUGGCGGACCGACUUGACAUGCCACCGCCGCCUAGCCCGGCUUCUUCCACUUGCAGCGAUACCAGCACUUCGCACAAACGUGCCAAACGGGUGACGGUGCGCGGUGAAGAGGGCUCAUCGAACGACGGUUCUAAGCGCGAUGAAGAAGAAUGGCCACUGAAGGAAGUCGUAUUCCUCGAAGACGUAAAGAGUGUACCCAUGGGGAGAGUGUUAAAAGUUGACGGAGCGUACGCGGCAGUGCGAUUCCCGACGGUCGCGAAGGACGGUAAAGAAGUCGUGCCACCAUCGUUAGAUGACUGGACUACGCUACUACAAGAUUGUCGGCUUGUUAGAAAGGACGAUUUAGUAGCAGUUAAGUGGGGUGCGGGUGGCGCCGUCGGACCGAGAGGACCUGACUGCCUACAGCGUUCGCCGAGGAAGAUCGCGCUACCGCCCGACGUACAAGUUAUAACUAUCGCUGUGGACAGCCGCGGUGUACACGCCGUUGUACGCCGGCCCGGUGGCGCCCUCGCGUACGCGGUGUACGCCGUGGGAACUACGCGGGCGCUCACCGACAGCGCCUUCCCCACCGACAACAAUGCGCUGCUCGGAUACUCCAACGGCCAGGCUAUACAGCUAGCGACUGCUGCUGAGGGCAGCGAACCAGUGGUUAUAAUGGUGGACGGGAACGGCGCAUUAUACCCGGUCGCUCGGGACUGCGUUGGGAUGGUGCGAGAGCCCCCACCCUUGAAUCUAUCCCCAGCGAGGGCGCUAGCUGCGCAUGCGUUACCGCUGCAUCCACAUUCUGCAGCCCAUGCCGCUCUCAAGUCGCAGGUCGCUCUUAUAAUCAUUGUACCAGAACCUCAACUCAUGAUGCCACGAGUUUUACGCUGUGACCUUGAAGGAGUACGUCAACUCCUUCACCAAUUGGAAACCGAAGCAAACAAACAACAAAUAUUGUCAAUACUCCAAGAGCGAUGUGACGGCAACAGGAACAUACUUCAUGCUUGUGUUCAUAUGUGUGCACCAACCUCUAACAAGGAACCAGACAUAGUAGAGAAUCCCUCAAUGCCAAACUUGGCUGGAAACACAGGGGGUGGCGCUAGCGCAGAAGAAUCUGUGCCUGCUCUGUCUUGGGCACCUGAAACCUUUGAAGCGUCUGGCGAUGAAGAUAGUCUGAUGGGACUUACUAAUAAUGGUAAAAUGUCAAGUGGAGGCAACAAUGGUGGAGGCGCGGUAAGCGCAGACCCAGCAGAAAGGCGAGGCAACGCUCUCUCGGCUCUCCGGGCCCUCUGUGAGAGUACUACACUCCAACCUUAUCUCAUGCAACUACUCACUGCCAAAGAUGGAAUGGGCCAGACGCCCCUAAUGGCAGCGGUAGCAGAGCGUGCUUACCGUGCAGCUCUAGUGAUUCUAGACGCGAUACGCGCAUGCCCCGACGCCGACGAAACGCAGCGUUCCGCGGCCAUAUUCCCGCCCAACGCGCAUCCCGACCACUCGCCUCUACUCGUGCUGUGCUGCAACGAUACCUGCAGCUUCACGUGGACCGGACAGGAGCACAUUAACCAGGAUAUUUUCGAAUGCAAAACAUGCGGCCUCACUGGCUCUUUAUGCUGCUGCACUGAAUGUGCUAAGGUAUGCCACAAAGGUCACGACUGCAAGCAGAAACAGACAUCGCCAACUGCAUAUUGCGACUGUUGGGAAAAGUGCCGCUGCAAAGCGUUGGUGGGCGGCAACUGGGCCGCUCGCUGCGAUCUACUGGCUCGACUCGCUAAAGACACUCAACUCGCCACGCACUUCAACUCAAGGGGCGAGUCGAUCCUGCUGUUCCUGGUGCAGACAGUCGGGCGGCAAGCGGUCGAGCAGCGGCAGUUCCGCGCGGGCGGCGGGCGCGGCCGUGGGCCUCGCAAGCAGCCCGGCUCCGACGCAGAGGUGGACGCGCCCGACCACGACCUCGAGCCGCCGCGGUUCGCGCGCCGGGCGCUGCUACAUCUGCUCGCGGAUUGGCCAGCCGUAGAGGCGGCGGUGAUGUGCGGCUCCAGUUGCAGCAGUGGCGAUACUGAUAGCCGCCCAUCGAGCCCCGCGCCCAACCAAUCCGGAACUACGCUACUCGACAAAUUCACACACGCGCUUAUCGUCAAGUGUACCAAUGAGAUGUUGGACACACUCCUGCAUACACUGAUGCGUGAGCAGCAGAACGAUGCGAUUCCAGGGCGCGCCGAGCGAGCUCGUGAAGUUGCGCGGCGGUUUGUACGAUCCGUCGCUAGGAUAUUCGUCAUAUUCAGCGUCGAAAUGGCGCCAGGUGCGGCUAAAAAGAAGGGGCCCGUGUCUAUAACAUCAUCGCUAGUCCGCUGCCGACGCGUAUUUACAGCACUCGUAGCGCUAGCAGUAGAAGAACUAGUCGAAGCAGCGGAUGCUCUACUCGCGCCCGUUCGACUCGGGGUUGUCCGUCCCACCGCGCCGUUCCCACUGGCCACCACCUACGUGGAGCUCGUUAACGGCAGUGAAGAUCUAUUCGGCGUGGAACCACUGUCCACCGGCCAUUCGCGGCUGGCACAUACGCGCAGAGAGUCGAACGCGACCGGCGGUCGGGGCAACAACCCUGGCGUGCUCACUUCAAUGGGCAGCUCGACUCUCGUACCGGACCGUUCAUCGACGCCGGUGGCUACGGAAUACGCAGACGACGUGGCAGGCGAGGCGUUGGGCGGCGACGAUGACGCCUCAGAGACGGACGAGCCAAAUGUGCCCGCGCCCGUGCCGCCUGCUGAUGCGCAACACCACGACGAUGCCAUGGGCGAAAGAGUACAAGAACAGCACGUGGUCGUAGAGAACGGUACAGAGCGCGCCGAGGGCGGUGAGAGCGAGAGCGAACUAGAUCUCCUCGCUGAAGUGGAGACGGAGAGCGACUCCGACGAUCAGGACAACGCCGAGUCUGCGCAAAGAAGCGUGCAGACCGGCGCGACGCAAGGCUCUGAUGCUGGCAUAGCUUCGCUGCUCCUGUACCCAGAAGAAGAGAGCGGCGACUCCACGCAGCCCGAGGAUGAAGACUCCGAAGCCGGGGAAACGGACGAACAAGACGGGGAGACUGAGCCCCCCUUACACGAUGGCGAGCCGCUGGAGAGGAGAGCCGCUCCCCCAGCGCGGCCUAACCUUGCGCCGCACUCAAUGCAGUGGGCUAUACGGUCCCGCGAGACCAACCGCGGUACUACCGGCAGCACGGGCGGCGUGCGCCUGUCGGGUGGUUCCUCGCUUGUGUUCAUAGAUCCGGCUUCGCUGCGUCGCUCCACCGCCGCCGCAGCGGCCGGCGCUCACGACCCGCACUCCACAUCCACGACCGCCUCGUGUCUGGCAAGAGCUUUCGGCAUAGUGAUCCGUCAAAUAGCCGAUUUGCUCUGGGAGUACGAGCGCGUGACGCUGCCGUUGCCAAGAAUGGUUCCACUAGCUUACAGAGAAGCUCUAAGACUACAGUGCUACUUGGAAAGACAGCUCAAACCCACUUGGGACUGGCUUGUCACCGUUAUGGACGCUACGGAAGCUCAACUCAGAUUUGGCGCGUCGCUCACGUCAAACAAUGCCAGUACUUCUGUCACUGAAGGUCGACCAAAUGCUCCAGCCGCGCGACGCGCGACUUCCUUCACAUCUCCCGUUACUCGUAUCAUCGGCUUUUCAGAGGGUCCGAGGGCAAGAGAUCGUGAACAAGGAGUAGAAGCAGGCAGCGCCCGUCGCGAGUUCCUAGCUUAUUGCCUGUCGCUUCUACGCGCGCACAGCUCCGAACAUGCGGAACAACUGCCCGUACUUGACGUGGCCGCGCUCAAACACGUAGCUUAUGUUCUGGACGCGCUCGUAUACUAUAUGCGCGCCGCUCAACCACAGCCGCAUCAUCAUCACCACCUCUGGACUCCGGACGAGAACGAAAACGAGGAAGGCGACGAAGAAAUGGUUGUGGGCGGAAGUGCAGCCGCCGAGUCUGACGGCGAGGGCGAUGGCGCCCGUGGACGAACUCAUGCUUUCUUCCAGCGUUCCGAGUCUACACUAUGCCUCGGAUGCCCACCCCCGGACCCAUUCAAUAUGACAAUGCAAGACGCCUUGCCGCUCGCGGACCAACCGCAGCUGCUGCAGCCGAACGCAAGGCGCGAGGAGUUGUUUGGCAUGCCGCGACAGCCCGUCACCGUGCCUGCCUCGGGAGACGCGCCGCCCGGCGUCAACAACCCGCUAGAAGUGGUUCCGCGAAGGCUCGGACUGUCGAGUCGCGGCACGGAUCGCGGCUGGUCGCCGCCCGCGCGGCCCGCCUCUGCCCCGCCCGCUCACGCCCACUCUCUAGCACGUGACGAACCGCAGGAUCUCUCUUGCACGAAGGAUAUGACGACAAAAAUGGACAUUGAUACGGACGGAGAAUAUUUAUCAGACUCUGAUUCCAAUGAAGCUAGACAAAUACCUAGGAAAAAGCAACAUCGACACCCACAUACGAUGACAAUGACAGCGGGCGGUAGUUCGGAGCCGACUGUGCAACCUUCCGAAUUCCACACCCUGGUGGACACUGCUUGUUCCAUCAUCGAAGCUCCUCACCAACAAAGCAUCGUGGCUUCACCAUCACCUGGUCCGAGCGGUGCGACCACAUCAGAACCGCGAGCAUCCUCUUCGCGUAGCCCUGGCAAGACUGUUAUUGUACGUGCUGGUGAACUAUUGAGCGCAGCGGAUCCACUCGAGUCUCAAGAGAUAUCUGCUCAUGUGACUGUUGAAACCACUGGCUUGCCACCGCCUCCACUACUUCCACCCUUGAGCACCCCGGCCCCACCUCGAGCGUGUCCAUCGCUAGGCGCAUCAGUAUCUCACGAUUUACUGCUCGGGCGGUGGCGGCUCUCGCUGGACUUGUUCGGGCGAGUGUUCACCGAAGACGUGGGCCUGGAGCCGGGCUCUGUGGUCGCGGAGCUCGGCGGCUUCCCCGUCAAAGAGGUCAAGUUCCGACGCGACAUGGAGAAGCUCCGCAACUCGCAGCAAAGGGAUCUCACUCUACACAAGAUGGAGCGCGACCGCGCAAAACUACUACAACAAACGUUCGCCGAAUUGAACAGCGCGUUCGCGGGCCAAAACCGGCGCGCGCACACCGCGCAGCCGCCGCUCGCCGUCAACCGCGUCAAGGUGACGUUCCGCGACGAGCCCGGUGAGGGCAGCGGCGUCGCCCGCUCCUUCUACACCAGCGUCGCUGAGGCAUUGCUCGCUAACGAAAAACUACCACCGUUAGAACCUACGACCGGUAGUGGUAGUAAUAGCAGCAGUACAAACGGCACAUCUGGAUCGACCGGAACCACAGCUAGCGGAGCUAGCAACAACAGCGGAGCGAGUAGAAGCGGGGCAGGCCGAGCGCGCUCUAAGGACACGGCGCGGCGCACGCCCGGACGGCCCGCGCCGCGCCCGCCAGCCGCGCGCGAACCCCGCCGCGUGCUCAGCAUAGACGCGCGACCUUAUUCGCCGCAGGCUGCGCCUGGCACCGAAGGUGCUGGAUACAGCGGCGAAAGACCCGGAGGACACAAUGAACAUCUUACGCUACACCAAGCUCAAUUAGGCGAAAGACUCUACCCUAAGGUUCAUUCUCUGCACCCGACGUUUGCUGGCAAAAUAACUGGCAUGCUAUUGGAACUGACGCCCGCUCAACUAUUAGUUUUACUCGCGAGCGAAGAUGCGCUCCGCCAGAAAGUUCGCGAAGCUAUGGAUCUCAUUGUGAUGCACCCGUCUGAGGCGAUACUAGAUUUAGACGUGUUCUCGCUGUCGGAGCGCGGCGGCGGCGGCGGCGGCGGCAGCGGUGGCGGUGGCAGCGGCGGCAACAGCGGCGGGGGCGGGAGCGGAGGCGGCGGCAGCUCCGCGGGUCCGUCGGCCGCGGCGACGGCGGCGGACGACGCGGCGCCCCUCUUCUACUCGCCCGGCAAACGCGGCUAUUACUCCCCGCGUCAGGGGCGGGCCACGGCUGAGAGAAUCAACGCAUUCCGAAACGUCGGCAGAAUCAUCGGGUUGUGCCUGCUACAAAACGAACUGUGCCCAAUGUUCCUGAACCGGCACGUGCUCAAAUACAUGCUGGGGCGACCGGUGCGGUUCCACGACCUGGCCUUUUUCGACCCUGUCGUGUACGAGAGUCUGCGGCAACUCGUUGUAGAUGCCGAGACCGGCGACUCCCACUCGCUGUUCGCCGCGCUAGAUCUCAACUUUAGUUUGGAAAUGUGCGAAGAGGAGGGCGGCGGAUGCGUGGAGCUAGUUCCCGGCGGGCGCGAGCUGGAAGUGACCGCGCUCAACGUGUAUGACUACGUGCGGAAGUACGCGCAACACCGCAUGCUGCUGUCACAGGAGAAAGCGUUAGAGGCAAUGCGAGUGGGUGUGAUAGACGUGCUGCCCGAGUCCGCGCUAGAGGGUCUGACGGCGGAGGACUUGCGGCUACUCUUGAACGGCGUCGGCGACAUCAACGUGGCGGCACUCGUCUCCUACACCAGUUUCAACGACGAGAGUGGCGAGCCGCCCGAGAGACUGGCGCGCUUCAAGCGCUGGCUGUGGGCCAUCGUCGACAAGAUGACGCACCUCGAGCGGCAGGACCUGGUAUACUUCUGGACGGGCUCGCCGGCGCUGCCCGCGUCGGAGGAGGGCUUCCAGCCGAUGCCGUCGGUGACGAUCCGGCCGGCAGACGACGCGCACCUGCCCACCGCCAACACCUGCAUCUCGCGCCUUUACAUCCCGCUCUAUUCCUCCCGCCACGUGCUCAAGCACAAACUCCUACUCGCUAUCAAAACUAAAAACUUCGGUUUCGUCUAA